AUGGAUCUGGGAGCCUCGGGAAAUGAUUCCUGUGUGACCGCAUUUGUCCUGCUGGGUCUCACCGAGACUCCAGCUCUGCGGCCCAUCCUCUUUGUCAUCUUCCUUCUUGCUUAUGUAGCUACCGUCGGUGGUAAUGCCAGCAUCCUGGCUGCUAUCUUUAUUGAACCCAAGCUCCACACCCCCAUGUACUUCUUCCUGGGGAACUUAUCUGUGUUGGAUGUUGGAUGCAUCAGUGUCACUGUUCCUGCCAUGUUGAAGCAUUUCCUGUCCAAUGACAGACACAUUGCCUAUGGGGCCUGCCUCUCACAGCUCUUCUUCUUCCACCUCCUGGCUGGGACAGACUGCUUCCUGCUGACUGUCAUGGCCUAUGACCGCUAUGUGGCCAUCUGCUACCCUGUCACCUACAGCACUCGUAUGAGCUGGAGGAUUCAGAAGGCCUCAGUGUGUCUGUCAUGUGUAUUUUCCUUUAGCAAUGCAUUGACCCAAACUGUUGCCUUGUCUACUCUUAAAUUCUGUGGCCCCAACACAAUCAAUCACUUCUACUGUGACCUCCCUCAGCUCUUCCAGCACUCCUGCUCCAGCAUCCAUCUCAAUGAGCAGCUGCUCUUUGUAGCAGCAUUAUUCUAUGUAGUAGUUCCCGAUACACAAACAAUACUUUAUAUCUUGAAUCUUAUUUGGACUUCAAGACAAUACUAUCAGCCUACAGGAUAA